AUGAAAACGGCCCUCACCGCCGGCCGAUUUUGCAUCCGUCAUCAAUGUUUUCGAAGCCUGCCUAGAGCUACUCCGCGGUGUCGAUAUUUCCACCCCAACCCGUCUACUCGGUUCAUAUUUCCUCCUUCUCCGGUACACAGUCCCGUCUGGAAAUGGCGAUUCGUAUGGAAGCGCAAUUGGAACCGCUCUUCAGCGAUAAGCGCUGCGCUGCUGGCUGCGCUGACUCCCGUUGCUCUUCUCGAUAUUGCGGAAAAUGGAAAUAGUGACGAUGACACAACGGGUGAGCUAGAGAUGCUUGCCGCGUCCAGUGAGGAGGCCCAGAAAUCCGUACCGGAGGACGCGAAUGCCAUAAUGAGGGGCCUGUGGCAUGUGUAUAUAUUCCUGGAGAGAUAUGUGUUUGAGGUGGCUGCGACUGGAAUGCGGUUCUUACAUCUGGUGGCUAUAUUCGUACCCGUGAUUGUGACGGUUCCCAUAAUAUGGUUUGGACGGAGGAUAAGAGAUCGGGAUGAUGAGAGGACCGGUACCCUAUGGUGGUACGAGUUCCUAGUGUCGGCGAUGGAGCGCGCAGGUCCUGCGUUUAUCAAGCUGGGGCAAUGGGCAGCGUCGAGGUCUGACAUAUUCCCGCCAGAAUUAUGUGCACUGAUGUCUUCUCUGCAUUCCCACGCACCAGCGCAUUCAUUUCAUGUUACCAAGCGGACCAUUCGGAAAGCUUUCAAUGGGCUUCCAUUUGAAGAUAUAUUCGAAGAGUUUGAUAUGGAACCUCUGGGUGUGGGUGCCAUUGCACAGGUCUACAAGGCUAAGCUUCGGCCUGACCUCUCGGCCUUGAACGAGAGGAAUAUAGCCGAUAAGCCUGUAAAAUUACGCGAAAAGGUUCGCAAGAAUGUCGACGUCUUGGUGAAAAGCACUCCGCAGCGGGUCCCUUCUUCCUAUGUCGCAGUCAAGGUGCUUCAUCCUCGAGUGGACAGGAUCGUUCGACGCGAUUUGCAAAUAAUGAUGUUUUUUGCCCGUGUGAUUAAUGCCAUUCCAACUAUGGAAUGGUUAUCAUUGCCUGAUGAAGUUCAGAAAUUUGGCGAGAUGAUGAAAUUACAAUUGGAUCUCCGGAUUGAGGCGAGCAAUUUAUCUCUAUUUCGAGAGCAUUUCAAGUCACGAACUACAGCCUGGUUCCCCUAUCCGUAUAUAGAAUAUACCACGAGAGAGGUACUUGUCGAGGAGUUUGCACAAGGAAUUCCUCUCACAACGUUCCUCAAAAAUGGGGGUGGUGUCUAUGACCGUGAAAUUUCUCGUGAAGGCCUUGAUGCAUUCUUACACAUGCUCCUUAUCGACAACUUUGUCCAUGCCGAUCUUCAUCCAGGCAACAUCAUGGUUCGCUUCUAUAAGCCUGGGCAAUUAGACUUGUCCAUCAGAGGCCACCAACUGGCCCCAAGUACCAGACAUGAUGCUCUCCCCGAUGCACCAGAGAAGGUCCUUUCCAGGCUUGCAGCAUGGGAGGGCAACCCUGAAGCCUGGACUCGCGAACUUGAGAAGAUAGAUGCUGAAGGCUACAGACCGCAGAUCAUAUUUAUCGACACGGGUCUGGUAACCCAGCUUAACAACGCGAACCGGCGCAAUUUUCUAGAUUUAUUCCGGGCCAUCGCCGAGUUCGACGGGUAUAAAGCAGGUCAUCUCAUGGUUGAGCGUUCCAGACAGCCGGAUGCGGUUCUCAACCCAGAAAUCUUCGCCUUGAAGAUGCAACAUCUUGUUCUUGGGGUCAAGGGCCGGACAUUUGCAUUGGGCAAUGUCAAAAUCGGAGACGUUUUGAGUGAAGUUUUGUAUCUAGUUCGAGCACACCACGUACGACUUGAAGGGGACUUUGUGAAUGUUGUCAUUUCCAUUUUGCUGCUGGAGGGAAUCGGAAGAAGCUUGGAUCCGGACCUUGAUUUAUUCAAGAGUGCCCUCCCCAUCCUCCGCCAACUUGGCUCCGGUACAACCCUUCUUAAGUCUGUUCGUGAAGGUGACACUUCAAUGCUCCGUGUCUGGAUGGGUCUCGAGGCUCGUAGCUUCCUGCAGGCUAGCAUUAGCAGUGUUGAGUGGUGCGUUAAGUACGACCAAUUAUCCCCAAACAUAUGA